AUGUCCGCCGCCAUCUCCUCCGCUCACGCCGUAUCGGGAUCCGUCGCGACCCUCAGGUCGCGUCGCGCGACCCGGAUCCGGACUGUUCGCUCCAUCAAGGUCCGCGCGGAGGCCGAGAAGCCCAACUUCAAGGGCUGGCGGGAGAUCGACAUCAAACAAGUUCAGCUCGGCACCGCCAAGAUCCCUUCCGGCAUCGACGAGGAGAUAUUCUGCAGCAGCCUCUAUCAGUGGGCGAACGGUCUCACCACGAGCGGCCAGAACAUGCCGUUCGCGCUCCCGCAGCGGGUGGAUCGCUUGCCCACCGGCUUCUCCAUGGCGUUCCUCGUAUCCGAUCCCAAAGGUGAGCCUGGCACUUUCGUGAGCUGCGGUGAGAUCGUUGCGGAGGUGGUGGACCAUCCUCUCCAGGAAGGCCAGAGGGUACUCAUGAUCAACGGAACCGGGCAGGUGAUGGAUAAGGGCAGGCUGAUUGACGUGGACACGGUGAUGCAGACGUUCCCGAACGCUAUCCGCAACGCUGUCGGGAUGGCGACCAAGGAGUAG